AUGAGCAGUAAAAUUCCUCGGAAAGCUUUAGCGAUCCAGGCUCGCAAAAAGAGAUCAAAGGCCAAGCCCCGAUUGAAACAAGAGGACAAGAAACGAACAUCAAAUGAUCCCAAGAAGCACCAUGAGCCUCACUACGAUGAGGAAGAGGAGGACGAGGAAGAGGAGAUCCUUGGGUCAGAUGAUGAUGAGCAGGAGGACCCCCGCGACUACUGCAAAGGAGGUUACCAUCCGGUGAAGAUUGGGGACCUGCUCAACAGCCGUUACCACAUUGUCCGCAAGUUGGGCUGGGGCCACUUCUCUACUGUCUGGCUGAGCUGGGAUCUCCACUGCAAGCGGUUUGUGGCUCUGAAAGUGGUCAAGAGUGCCCAGCACUACACAGAGACAGCUCUGGAUGAGAUCAAGUUAUUAAAAUGUGUUCGUGAAGCGGAUGAAAGUGAUCCUCACCGUGAAAAGGCCGUCCAGCUGCUGGAUGAUUUUAAAAUCUCAGGUGUUAAUGGAACCCACGUCUGCAUGGUGUUUGAGGUGCUGGGAAACAACUUGCUGAAGCUGAUUAUCCGCUCCAACUACCAGGGCAUCCCGUUACAUAAUGUCAAGCUGAUCAUUAGACAGGUUCUAGAAGGGCUGGAUUAUCUUCACUCUAAAUGUAAGAUCAUCCACACCGACAUCAAACCUGAGAACAUCCUCAUGUGUGUCGACGAGUCCCACAUCAGGAAGCUGGCCGCUGAUGCUAUAGAGUUUCAGAGACUGGGUCUCAAAUUGCCAGGAUCAGCUGUUAGUACUGCACCCAAAGAAAAGCCGCAAGACUUGUCAAAGAUGUCCAAAAAUAAGAAAAAGAAAAUCAAGAAGAAACAGAAAAAACAGGAACAGCUUCUGCAGAUACAGUUACAGCAGCUGGAGGAAUUGGACAGAGAGAAGGGUGCCGGUACUGGGCAGGAUGAGGUUGUCGCCAAAAUGGUCAACAGCGACAGCUCCAAUAAGCCAUUGAAUAAAGCAUGCAAGACCAGCGUCAUCAAAACAGCAGUGCCCGGCAGCGAUGGGGCCGGCGGAGACCACAACACUAAACUGGUCAAUGGUCAGCACUCGGCCACACAGGCCAAUGGAGAAAACAACAAUGCAGAAGGGAACAAAUCACAGUCACAUGAACAGAACAGCACACAAGUGAAUGGGAGCAAGAACAACAAAGUGACACAGGACAAACAGAAGUGUAAUUCCACAGGAAAUAAUGUUGAUGGUUGUUUAGUGGCCAAGGAGGCUCCAGUCCUCAAACCGUCAUGCCCUGAGAGCCCGACAGUUAACAAUAUCCACGCCACCAACGACAGCAGUGCUGACGAAGAUAACCACACCAGCUGCAACGACAGCAAUAGCUGCUCCUCCUCCUCCAAUGCCACAGACAAUAAAACUGACAGCUCCGCCACUAUCAUCCACUCGCCACCAGCUCCUCUGUGUAACGGGCAUGUGGCUCAACUGUCCAGAGACUAUACCUGCACCGAAGCAGUGGGCAGACGGAGCGAUGGGCAGCAGGUUCUCAGCAUCCAUAAGAAAGACAUUGUUGGAGCUCCAGAGAGCGACUGCUGCAUGAGCAAUGCUGUUGGCGGCGACAGCGGAGAGAACCCAGCAUCAGGCUGCCCUCGGGGGGAGCCUGAUUCUCUGCCGCUGGUGAAGAGUGCUUCGCUGGAUUCCUGUGAUGUUGAAGUGGAGGAUAUGCAGAUGGAAGGCACCCCAAAUGAAGCUAACACUCCAGUCAGUCACAAACUGGACCCAGUACAUGAGAUCUGUGAUGUCUUUCCUGUGAAAAUUGCUGACCUUGGCAAUGCCUGCUGGACUUACCACCAGUUUACAGAAGAUAUCCAGACAAACCCAGCAUUUGAACUGGCUACCGGUGAUUACCUGUUUGAGCCUCACAGUGGGGAGGAUUACACCAGGGACGAAGAUCAUCUGGCCCAUGUGAUAGAGCUGCUGGGCCCUAUACCACGCAAUAUAGCCCUGUCCGGCAAAUAUUCUAGGGAAUUCUUCAACAGAAGAGGUAAUAUUUAUAAAUGUUUCCUUGACCACUUAGCUCCAAGGUUGCCCCAGUCACAAGUACACAGAAUCUUCUGGGAGGUCAGAUGGCAGGACAGUGGGAGACUGACCACCUCAGCAUCAACUUGCUUAGUUAAGAAUGUGUGGCCAAGCUGA